AUAGACCUGUUCAAGAUUUAUGGGAAGUAAACCAAAGGGUGGAAACCAUCCAUCCCACGGUGCCCAACCCAUAUACGCUUCUGAGUCUGCUGCCCCCGGACCGAAUCUUCUACACAGUCCUGGACUUAAAGGAUGCCUUCUUCACACUCCCGUUGGCCCUGCUUUGAAUCCAGCCACUUUGCUGCCAGAUGAUGAUCCUGAGAUGCCGUUCCAUAACUGCUCCGAGAUACUUGAAGCUAAUGCCAGUUUGAGAGAAGACCUCACUGACGUCCCUCUCGAUAAUCCUGAAGCUACUCUGUACACCGAUGGGAGCAGUUUUGUCCAGGAUGGAGUCCCCUAUGCCGGGGCAGCAGUGGUCACAGAGGAUCAGGUGAUUUGGGCGCAAGCCUUAGGACAUGGAACUUUGGCCCAGCGGGCAGAGCUCAUCGCCCUAACCCAGGCCCUCUGCUGGGGACGAGGUAAACAGGUGAAUGUCUAUACUGACAGCAGGUAUGCCUUUGCCACUCUACAUGUGCAUGGAACUAUUUAUCAGGAGCGUGGUCUAUUGACCACCGGUGGACAUAAGAUCAAAAAUGCUCAAGAAAUUCUAGACCUGCUCGCAGCCGUCUGGCUCCCUAAGAGAGUGGCAGUAAUUCACUGCAAGGGACACCAGAAGGUAGAUUCCCCAGUGGCCCCGGGGAAAUGCUCUGGCAGUUGCCACGGCCAGGGAAGUGGCACAAAAACCAGUGGGGCCACUCGAGGCACUCUUGCCGGUCCUGCUGCCUAG